AUUGGAAAUCAUUUGGUAACUCUAAAAAUUUAGUUUUAAUGCUUGUGGCCUCCAUUCGGAGUUGAAUUGUAAAAAUUGAUUAUGUCAAAAAAUCCUAAAGUUUGCAUCAUUGGAUCGGAAGGCUGGGGAUCAGCAAUUGCAACCGCUGUGUGCCAGAAUGUGCUCCAUUAUGAUUUCGAUCCCCAAGUUAACAUCUAUGUGUACGACGAGAUUGUCAGAAACAAUUACCUUUCACAGGUCAUGAAUGAAAGACAUGAAAAUAUUAAAUAUUUGCCUGGAAUAAUGCUGCCCAAAAACUUGGUCGCAGUCAAUGAUCUUAUUGAUGCUGCUCGAGAUGCAGACAUAUUAAUCUUUGCCACGCCGCAUACCUUCUUGAAAGCGUAUUGUAACAUAUUAGCGGACCAUGUGAAACCGGGGGCUUAUGCAGUUUCAUUAAUAAAGGGACUCGAGCAUAUUAAAGAUGGGGAAAUUGAUCUCUAUUCGCAUGCCAUUACCAAACACUUGGGUAUACCAUGCUAUUCAAUGAUGAAUGCAAACAGUGCCAUGGAAAUGGCACAGGGUAAACUCUGUGAGAUCACUAUUGGCUGCAACAAUCAAGAUCAUGCAAACGAGUUAACCAAUUUGCUUCAGACUGAAAAUUGCAUGGUCUUUGCCAUAGACGAUGUUGAUGGAGUAGAAUUAUGCAAUUCCCUAAAGGAUUUGGUUGCGCUAAGUGCCGGCUUCAUUGAUGGCUUGCGAUUGGGAGACAAUGCCCGUGUGGCUUGCCUUCAUCUAGGCUUAAAAGAAAUGAUGCGUUUCAUCAAGAACUUCAAUCCAACAACGAAAGUGUCUACCCUUUUCGAAAGCUGUGGUUUAGCAAAUUCCGUGGCGUCCUCAUAUGGAGACAAAAAUGUUACAUUUGCCAAAAACUUGGUUACUUCGAGAAAAACAAUACCCGAAAUCGAAGCAAAUCUUCUAAGCGGUCGCAAGUUGCUUGGGCCCAUUAUUGCAGAAGAGGUUUAUGCGUAUUUGGAAAAGUCGAAUUUGCACGAAACGUAUCCAUUGUUUUCGACCGUUCAUCGAAUUUGCCAGAGGGAGGUACCACCGUAUGAAAUUGUUGAAACCCUCCGUAACCAUCCGGACUUGAGCAAUUACUCCAUCACCAACCUGCAGAAGGAUGAGUUUUCAAUGUUCUCUUCUAACACAGAUAGUGUUCUUGAGAAUAUAGCUGACACAGUUCCCGAUUUCAGUACUGAUUCAGCUGAUAGCAGCAGAAGGGUUGAGGAAUUAAAUGACGAGCCAAUUUUUAAUUCCACUUCAGACGAUGGCUUCUGGAAACCAUAUUUUGAUUAUUUCAAUGAUCAAAGUAAAACUAGAGAGCUAAAACAUGUUGCUCGUAACUCUAAUACUGCAGCUGAAACUUGUGCAUCGGACUCCGAUAAGGGAAGUAUGGAAUUUUCUUUUGAAAUGGGAGCGAAGAAGGACGAUCCAGAAAUUUGUCUUCAGAUUAAGGACACAUCAGUACCGAAGGAGGACCUCCUGCUUAUCGGCUCACAAUACACUGCGAAUCAAAAUCCUAGUGAUAGUAAAUCCUCGAGCCCUGGAAAGCAAACUCAAGUCAAUCCGAUCGUAAUGUCAGAUGGAAAUACGACCCCCGAUAAUCCUAUGCCAAUGCAAUACCAAGGCAGGCCGCGAAUUGAUAAAUAUGAAGAGUUGAAGGUUCGGGUUAAGGGAAAAGAGAACCCCCCACCGGAGACACAAACAGUGGCGCAAUCAAAAUCGAUCGAUGAACGAUUUGGUGAAAACAUUGGAGACCGAGCAACAAGAAAAUCAACUGCGCUUAGAAAAUCGAAGUCGACUGACAAUAACAAAAAGGUGCCCAAUGAAAAUUCUUAUGAAAUGCGUUUAUUUGAAGACGACCCUCAACAGGAGAAGUUUUUGGAAAUGAUGCGCAAAAGGGAAAAGGAUGAAUUGGAGCUGAAGUUGUUAAAAAAAUCUACAAUUAAAAGCCAACUAAUGAGAGAAUAUUUAGAAAAACCAAAGAAAAAUGUUGCCAAAGGGAAACACGAUAGCUUGGGAAAGGACUUGCCGACAAAGAACACUGAUAACAAGCCUUCCAAUUCCGACGGUGGUUUCAAAUACGACUAUAAAAUAAGUAUAAGAUCAAAAAAGGUUCCGAUCGAUCCUUCAAAAGAAAGUAAUCCCUCAAAUUCAACCAAAGCUGAGCUGAAUGCGCCGGAUAACUACAACCAGAACAUUCCCGAGAAAUGGGAGCAACUAUCGUUGAAUAAAGGCAAAUUAGAGGUCCAAGAGAAGCUGCCAAAGUCGAUGUUACUAAAGCCUAUAACAUUUAAAAUUAAGCCUAUCGAAUCAAAAACAAAUAACAAAAUUGAGAUGCGGAAAUCAGAUAAUGUGGCUUCAACAGAUUCAUCUUUUUUGGCGCCCGGCUACUAUAAUGAACUGGCGUCAAAUAAUCUAACUGUCCAAAGUAAGAUAGCUAAUGAGUCGCAGGAAAUGUACAAGAGUGUUCCAAUGGAACCAAUCGGGGCUAAUCAACAAUCGGAAUAUUUCGAUGAACAGAACAACUCGUUUUCUUCUAAUCAAUCAAAUGAGAAAGGCAAAUAUGUAUCUUCAUUAUCUCCGCGAUUUUCCGUCGAGGACAUACAACAGCUUAAAGCAAUGGAAGAUUACGAGAAAAUAGAAAAAUGUGGCAAUGAAGCCAUUGGUGGCGAUGCUUCGAAACAAAAUUUGGAAAAUACCAUUGAAAUGAAAGCCAAAGGCACAUCAGAUUGGAACCAACAACAACAGCAUGAUGAUAAGACAAUGGAUAAAAACACGAGAUGGAUACGAUUCAAUUAUGAUGAGGCUAGACGUGUUUGGCAGCCGGAGCGGAAGAAUAACAAACUGGUUCAGGAUUUAGAAGCGGAAGUGGAGAAUACUAUUCUGGAUACCGAGAUACCCAAAGAAAUUGAAAGCAGAGACAGGUCGAUGAACAAUAAUCGCGGGGAUGAAAAUCCGAAAGAGGAAACGACACAGAAAGUAAGGCAACGCAUCGAGCAAAAGUUAGAACGAGCCAGACAAGACGAUAUCGAGCGUAAUUCAAUAUCAACGAAGAAAUCCGAAAAGGUAAAUAUACAGGAGGCAGAGGAUAUUCUAGAUGAACAUGAACUUAAAGAAUCGGACGAAAUUAAAAAAUAUGGUCAGUAUUUGCAGUUUAGACAGAAAGGGCAACCCAUAUUAGAUCGAUCCAAAGUAGACGAAGAUACCAAUUUUAUGGCAGUCAAUCAGUCAGAGAAUAUGCGGUCUAAAUAUGGGGAAAACAAUGCGCUGCCAGAUAGCCAAGAGAAAAAUAACAGUCAUAAGGACAGAACGAACUUUUUAAAGCAGACAGUUCCUUCUGAUGCGGAGAAGACAAGUCGGAAAAGUUGGCAGCUAUUGCCCUUUAGUGAAAGUCGAGAGAAAGAUGAAACUAAGAAUCUUCAAAAUGUUGAUGCUAAAUUUCGCAGUGCACAGACGUUUCCGUUGGAUAUCGAACCCGCGGACACUCAAGUCGGUAGAAAAGAUGUGGAGAAUGUACCAAGUAUGAAGGGCCGACAGACUACAGGAAUUGAUCGGAAUACAGAAGAUACGGGAAAGGUUCGCGGCAAAGCUGGAAAGCAUACUUCAGAAUGGGAUUGGUUGUUGGAUAGUGAAAAAUUUGACAACUCUCUCAAGCAAGAAAAGAAUCUUCAAACUUUGGAUGCCUACAAAUAUAGUCAUCUGGUUGAUUUUAUUGCCGGAGAGGAUAGAAAGGAAAAUAAAAGACAACAAAAAGAAAAGGAACUAGAACGUCAGCACAAGCUGAGAUAUAAAAUCAAUAAGGGUUCUCAAUUGCCGGUUGAGGGUACGCGAGCACAGUUUAAUGAAGUCAUGCCAGAGGACGAGUCAACGGAUCAGCCCAGGUUAAUGGAUAGACAAAAAUGUAAUAUGCCGAUAGGCACAUCAGUGCUCAAAGCUAAAUCGAGCGCUGAGCGGCCAACGGAGUUUGACAAUCCAACCCAAGCAAAGGGCAGAACUAGUAAAUUGUCAUCAACACAGCCCACCGAAACGCCUAGAAAGGAAUGGCGUCAAGAAAGGAUUGCGUUGGAGAAAUCGAAAACACCGAACCAGCACGAAGACCUUUCACGCUCUGCCAAGCAAUCGAAUAUAAAUGAGACUGAAACGGAGCCCAAUCAAACGAAACUCAAGCGAAUGGAGACGCAAAUCAGUAAAAUAAGCAAAAGAUUAGCGAAAAUCAUGACGAAGGGCCAGCCAGGCCAAGAAAAGUAUAAAGAACGACCCGUCGCUUAUGAAGGCAAGGAUCCAUAUAACAUAGAGGAGGGUGUUGGGACGACCAAGCCUUUCCCUGGACAGAUUCGCGAGCAGCAACAGGGUAGAGUCAAUAGAAAGGUCACCAUCAAGCCAUUCCAUCCGCCGCUCAAUCCGCGCGUGCGCAUUCCACGCCCUCCAUUCGAUGUACGAGAUCAGGAGUAUCACACCAUUAGCUGCCGGCGACAGACUGAGCUGCAGCGCAACUCGAUUCUGCCGCAGAUGCCGUUGUCGGUUGCAUCUCAGUCAAUGCAUGCGAGCGCCAGUGUACCAAAGCUGACCCGUCCCGUCUUGAAGCUACCGCCAUUCAUGAUGCGCUCCUCCGUUUUGGCCAUAGAACUCGGAUUUUUUGCGGCUUUUUUGUCACGUUACAGAGGUGGCUGCAAGUAACCAUUGGCGAACUACGUAAAUUCGGUUAAAAAAUUUACCUAAAUUUAUCCAGAUAAAAAACUUUUUUUUGGCAAUAAAUUCGUUAAAUAUA